UUAAGAGAGAGGGGGGGGGACAAGGAGACCAAGCUUUGUUACAACCUAAUAUUUCACAGAAAUCUUUAAAUCCCAGGCAUCGGCAAGCCGCCUGGCGCAUUGUGGCGCGCGCGCUCACACACACACACACACACACACACACGCACGCAACCGCGCGCGCGCGUUGUGAUGUGAUGUCAGCGCCCUGCAUUUUUUGAUAACACAUUCUGCAACUUACUCGUUCUGUUUGCGGUUCAAUUAUGCAAUUACGCUGAUAAUCGCAGUGAGGGAAUUUAACUGCCUUUAAUUUGUUAUUCAGGUGGAGAUGAUGGAGGGACCGGCGGAUGGAGGAGCGGGGCUGCGCCUCUGCUCCGCGCCGACAGCAGGCAGAGAAAGCUGCGGUCUGCAGAUGAACCCAGCGCAAAAUGACGGUCUGCCGGAGACUUUGCACUGCUUCCAUCCCGGGGAGGCUCUCUGUCCUCGGAUCGCGCACAUCUGUCUGCUUCUUCUCCAUCACGUGAUUCUUUACAAAGUUCCUCGGACCCCAGCCCCAGCCUCGCCAAUCGGCUUCUCCCUCGCAAAGAGUGGACCAAUCAGCGACAGCCUUUGAUGAAUAUUCAUGAGUCCGAGAUUCAAACCUUUGAGCGAGUUUGUCUCGGUCCACAGCAUCACUCCCAGGACUUUUUCACAGGCGCAAACUGCAUUUUCUUAUGAAUGGAAGGAGAAAAAACCAGGCCGGCUUAAAUUGGGACCCAUCCUUUAGCUGAGAUCACAAAAGGAGGAAAACAACAAAAGCGGAGAGGAGACGGGAGGGAACCGCCAGAAGAGAUGACAAUGACCACGAUUCCAGAAGGUCUUAAUAGCCCUGCCUCAGGAAAAGCCGUUUUCAUGGAGUUUGGACCCCCGAGUCAACAAAUGUCUCCUUCCUCCAUGUCUCACGGACACUAUCCCAUGCACUGUUUACAUUCUACAGGUCACACGCAGCACGACAGCUACAGCCCAGCCUCGUCGUUCCCCAGGUCUUUGGGUUACCCGUACGUAAACUCUGUCGGCAGCCAUCCCACCAGUCCAUACCUGAGUACAGUACAGACUUACCAGAACAGUUCGGGGCUCACACAGACACGACUGGAGGACCCAGCAGCACCAGAAGCCGAGAAGAACACGGUGGUCGAAGGCGGAGAGGUGCGAUUUAACGGCAAGGGGAAAAAGAUUAGAAAACCAAGGACUAUAUACUCCAGUUUACAGCUCCAAGCGCUCAACAGGAGAUUUCAGCAAACGCAAUACUUGGCGUUGCCGGAGAGGGCUGAGCUGGCAGCGUCACUGGGUCUCACUCAGACACAGGUAAAAAUCUGGUUCCAGAAUAAACGCUCAAAAUUCAAGAAACUAAUGAAGCAAGGCGGCAGCACAAUCGACACCAACGUUUUAGCCACCGGUCGAGGACUUUCCACCGGCUCGCCCACCGUGGCACCGGUAUGGACAUCCCCGACCACCGUGAAGACUUCGGUCGGCACGACUGGCUCCUACAUCCCCAGCUACACCUCGUGGUACCCGACCACACACCAAGAGUCUAUGCAACAGUCGCAGCUCAUGUGAGCAGAGACGUCAUGCGUCAGGAUGGCGAGGGACCCCGCAGCCGCCCGAGCGCGGCCUCGGCAUUGAUGGUGCGCCACUAUAAAAGCUGCCGCAUCCCGCCAGCUGACACGGAGGCCUCUUCGUGCCGGCGAGCAGAAAAGAGGGAGGGAGACGCAAAGGAGGGAAGCUGAGAGAGCGAAAAGGCGCACAAUGCACCCACGCAGGGCAGCAAGUCCGUGGCAGCGGGAAUCAGAAAGGAAAAAGGAUUUUUUUUUUUUGGCUGCUGUUGUUUACGUUUCUUUUAUUAUUCUAAUAAUUUUUUUUUAAACUCGAAUUGGUGUGAAGAAUUCUGUUGUUGAGCUGUAGGCUACAUGUUUAUGAGACAAGCUUUUUUUGUUUACGCCACGUGAUGACCUAAAACCGUGCAUUUCCACCUAAAGGCCAAUCAGGCCAGAGCAGUGAAGGCUUUUUAAACCAAAUAACUGAUCCCAGAUUCCACCAGUCAGGCCGCCAUGCUUACAGCAUAACUCAACCACAGUAAAUACCCACGUCGCUAUGUUGUUUCUAUGUGCUUGUUAUUUAAGUUAAAUUAUUCAGACUUGUCUGUGUUCAUUCUGUAUGCGUGUUUUUAAAGAUGACAACCCCGUGUUGUUGUGACGCUGCACUAAACGCAAGCAGAGCUUUUUCUUUGCCGUGCCCCGAUGUCAUGUGAACAAAUGUAAAAGGCCAGCCGACUCGCUGUUUUUGAGAGAGAGAAAGAAAAAAAAUAUCACGAGGAUGAGCAGCUAUAACUUGUCACUGUAUUUUUAUUUUUUAUUUUUUGUAUAUAAUUUUCAGAUUUGUUUUUUUUAAUUAUUAUUAUUAUUAUUAUUAUUAUUAUUAUUAUUUUGUGCUGUUACUGAUACGCUGUGAAACAGGGUUUUAGGCUUUUCGUGUAUAUUACUCGUCGACAUGUGUUUUAGUCACCAUAGAAGAUAUUUAGUUUUGUAUUGAUCACUUUAAUUUAUUUAUCUGUUUCUGGAGUUUUUUUAUGUACAUAAAAGUGCAAAAAGUUUCAAAAGCAGUAAAAUAUGAUUUAAAUUAUGUUUAAACACGGUGUCUGAUUCAACCCUCUCUUCCUGUCCACCUCCUCCUCCUCCUCCUCCUCCUCUUUUGCUGCAGCGCCCUGCAGCUUUAAUGCGAGCUGACACAAAGCAGGAUCAUGUUGGCUGUUGCAGCAGACACCAUGUGAGCUGCAAAAAAAGGCGCCCAGUUUAGAUUAUGGCCGUGUUUAACAAUCGGCCCUACAUGCCUUUGUGCAGCUUCUGCUCAGUGACUGCAGAUGUGAUAAAACCUCUGGACUGAGCUACAGAUGAGAAAUAAUGUCGGGAUGGAAAAUAUCUACACAUGACUGUUCAAGAUCUUUGCAACAUAUUGAUAUGGGAAUUUAACAACAGAGGUAUUGAUAUAUUUUCUUAAUUUUUGCCUCGAUAGAGAUCAUUUAUGUUCCAAAUAUGUAAAAAAAAAAGUGCUAAAUCCUAUUUGGAAGAAGAUGAAUUUUUAAAAAAAUGAAUAAAAACAAUAGGCUUUUUGGUGAGCAUGGCUUACAUAAACCUUUGAAAUAUGCGAUGCAACAAAAAACAUCUGUUAGCUAUUAUAAAAACACAAAAAAAAAACAACCAAGAAAACAAAAUUUUCGAGAAAUGUAAUUUCAUGGUCCUUUAAGCAGGAAAAAGAUUACAAAGAUGCCGCACGAAAUGUACCGAUGUAAAAAAGCAUGUUAUCAUGUAUGUUGAAAUGCUAAGAAUGAUUUAUUUGGGGGCAGGAUAGAAAGAAAAAGAAAAUGCAAUACUUGUUUUUUAUUUUUAUAUUUGCAAAAAAAA